CCUUAACCAGGUGAUUUUAGAAACUUUGUGCACUGCGUAAAUAAACAUUCUUAUCAUAACAAUUUGUGCGCAUUACCCAGAAUUUUCAACAAAUACUUCUAUAAACACAAAAUAAUGGAUUAUGCUCCAUUAAAUUUGGCACAUUUUCAUGAACGUCGUGCUAAUCGCUUUCUCAAUCGCCAUCGCUACGACGAUGCCUAUAAGGCAAUAGAAACCUCAUUGAUAUAUCUACAAGAUGCAUUUAAAUCGGCAUUGAUGCCAAAAUCCGUCGAAUUGCUGAAUACACAAAAAUGGGAAUAUCAGAGAAAGUUAAGUCAAAUACAAAUGCAUAAGCAAGAGCAUGAAAGUUUAAAGCACAAAGAGAUUGUGCCACUAUCGGCCACAACAACAAACACACCACCCGUAUUAUUAUUCAGAACAGACAGUAAUCUGACUGCACAAUCCGUAGCUAAAUCCAUUGAUCGGACAGUACGAGAAUUUGACACUAAACUCAACAUAUCACCAAUGAAGCGUACCAACAGCAGAGAAAACAAAGACUAUCGCAGUGCAAAUACUAUCGCUGAGGAGCAUGGUGGCACACCCAAAGGAUUUGUGAAGGCAAUUGCACAGUGCCCAUAUGAACGGGAUGCAGGCAGACCAGCUUUUUACAUCACCGAUAGCGAUGAGAUACCCUCGCUAACACCGCUCGAAUUACCCUCUUUUGAAUAUCAUUCCUACACCUCAACUCCACCCUUGACUGAUUUAAGCGAGAAUUUCAAUAAAUAAUAGUUAGUAUUAGUUUCAAGUAUAUGACGAUCUCUUGCGAAUGGCAAUAUCCCGACAUCAUAUGUAUUAUGUGUAUCAAAUAAAUAUACAAUAUUGUAAGUUUAA